UCUUAAAUUUUCGAAAUUUUAAGUGUUACCUGUUUAAACCAAUAUUCUCAAUUUGUGAGUUAUGAUAAUAAGUAUGAAUCCUUUAAGAAAUCUCACUCGAAGAGGAUUUUAUAUUACAAAAAGAAUUUUAGUGAUUUCAAAAAUGUCAAUGUCACAUCAAAAAUUAUACGAAAUGGAAAUCGAUAAAUCACAAUUUGUAUUGCCGAACGAACAGCCGGUGGUUGCUCUAGAGGUGCAAUCUGCAUUUUCCUGCUUAACGGAUAAGGAGAAAAUGUAUGCUCAUUAUUUGAGCAAAGCUUCAUGGGUUGGCGGCUUAAUAACACUUCUACAGACCAGUCCUGAGUCUGGACCUAUUUUUGUGAUGCUGCACAAACUUUUUUCUGCCCAGUCACCGAAUGAUUUUAAACAAUUGGCCCUGAGUAAUGGGUUCUCUGAAGAUGAAAUUACCGCUCUGUUUGUGUACGCCGCUGGUGUCUUCAGCAAUUCUGGAAAUUAUAAGGGGUUCGGAGAUACCAAAUUUAUUCCCAAUUUAGAGAAAGAUAGAAUGGAGGGAUUACUAAAGCUGAGCGCGAAUUGGUCCGAAUUAGAAUCUUUAUGGAAUGAAUAUAAAGAUAGGAUAUAUCAUUUGUCCAAGGAUACCCUCAGUUUGGGGUAUAAUAACCAAGGACUGACAACAUAUUUAUCCAAAAAUGUCACACCUGAAGAUAAUGAAAAAGUUAUAAAGUGGCUCAAGGAUCAAAACAUGGAAGCAUAUAAUACAAGACUUUUCAAAACUGAAGUUAAUGGUCAAACGUGCUAUGAAAUUCGUCAAGCCGCCGAGAAGAUUGCGGAAAUGAAAGUGGCAACUAUUGAUAAUAUUAUCUACAAACUUACCAGCGGUGACUAUUCGCCACUUCUUGGUAGAGUGGCAUACCAUUUGAAUCAAGCAAAAAAAUAUUGUGAUAAUGACACUGAAUAUGAAAUGCUGACCCACUACUCUCAGUCCUUCAAAAAUGGAUCUUUAGCUGAUCACAAAACAGGAUCCAAAUAUUGGAUUGAAGACAAAUCACCAGCAAUUGAAACCUACAUUGGUUUCAUAGAAACUUACAGGGACCCAGCAGGAAGUCGUGGCGAAUUCGAAGGUUUUGUGGCAGCUGUGAACCGAGAAAUGUCGGCUAAAUUCAGUGUUCUGGUAUCAAAAGCUGAAAAUUUCCUUACCUUGUUGCCGUGGCCCAGGCAGUAUGAAAAGGACGCGUUCCUGAAACCUGAUUUCACAUCACUGGAUGUGAUUACCUUUGCCGGCAGUGGAAUUCCUGCUGGCAUUAAUAUACCAAACUAUGACGAUAUUAGACAGACCAUUGGCUUUAAAAAUGUGUCUUUGGGGAACGUAAUCCCAGCUAGUUAUCAAAUGUCGCAAACACCCUUCCUUAGUGAAGAAGACGCUGAAGUUCUACGUAAAUGGAGAGUUCCUGCAUUUGAGUUACAAGUUGGUCUUCACGAAUUAUUGGGUCACGGUUCGGGCAAACUGUUCUUUAAACAACGAAACGGUUCAUGUAACUUCCCUGAAGAUGUAAUUGAUCCCACAACAGGUAAAGCACCUGCUUCGUGGUACGAAACUGGCGACACAUUUGAUGCUUGCUUUGGUCCUCUCAGCUCAACAUAUGAGGAAUGUCGUGCUGAAGCAGUCGGACUCUAUCUUAGCUUGAAUGAAGAUGUACUCAAAAUCUUUGGUCACGAGGGCGAACAAGCUGAAGAUGUUAUCUAUGCGAAUUGGCUUUCCCUGGUUUAUGCUGGAGCUGGUAGAGCCAUGGAAUUGUAUGAACCCGGUAGAGGAUGGCUACAGGCACAUGCUCAAGCUCGAUUCGUACUGGCGAGAGUCCUGAUCGAAGCCGGAGUUGCACAAAUUACUCAGCCUAAAGAGGACGAUAUUUUAGUGAGUUUAGACCGUUCUAAACUGAAAACUGUUGGUAAAAAAGCCAUAGGCGAUUUUCUAUUAAAAUUGCAAAUUUUCAAAUCGACUGCUAACGUUAAAGCUGCCCGGGAACUUUACAAUGAAUAUGCUGAUGUGCCUGAAUUUUGGCUGAAAUUGAGGUCAAUUGUGUUAGCCCACAAACAGCCCAGGAAGAUGUUUGUGCAACCGAAUACAAUUUUAGCGAAUGAAACUGUCGAAUUGAAAGUUUAUGAACCAACCUUAGAAGGAUUAUUACAAUCUUGGGUGGAUAGGUUCCAACAACCAUCACUGUACGAAAAUUUAAUUGAUUUAACCAAUAAAGAUAGGGAUCAUUUUAAAUAAUUUUUAUCAUUUAUAUUACUUUUUAUGUAAAAAACUGUAUUUUAUAUAUUUUACCGUUUUUAGCCGAAAUACAGAAAAAUUAAAUAUAUAUAUAUAUAUAUAUACAUAUAUAUUAAUAGUGAUCUACUGCAUUGUUUUAAAUUUUUGUUAUUUUGCAUUUUAGUUUAUUUAGCCCAUUCUUUACAUAAAACUUUUAUAUACAUGCCAUAUUUGUAUUGCUUUCCACAUUUUUUUAAAUAAAU